AUGUUUCUUCCGCUUUUGUGGGUGUAUAGUGGUGUAAAUGGAGUUUUGCUUUUUUCAGCUACUGAGUUAGCUUUGUUGGAAAUGAGGGCUUUGAGCUUGGCAAAGAAUUUACUGACCAUCCAUCCAGAAGAUGAAGUGCCUGUAAAGAAUGUUACUAUUCGCAGGAUUCCAAGGGUUCCGGAAAAUCUGCCAUUAUAUGACAUCUUGAAUGAGUUUCAGAAAGGUCACAGCCACAUGGCUGUUGUUGUAAGACAGUAUAACAAGAUGGUGGACCAGGCUACAAACAAGAGCUCUGCUGAUAAUCCAGUAAAGGAUGUGAAGGUAGACAUUGAUGGGGAAAAGCCUCCCCUGGAAAAGAGUUUAAAGACCAAAAGGUCGCUCCAGAAAUGGAAGAGCUUUCCCAACAGCGCGAACAACUCUUAUAGGGGGGGUACACCUAGGAGCAAAAAAUGGGCGAAGGACAUGUACUCAGACAUCCUUCAGAUAGAUGGAAACCCACUUCCACAGCCCCCUGAAGAAGAAGAAGCUGUCGGCUUAAUAACGAUGGAAGAUGUCAUUGAAGAGCUUUUACAGGAGGAGAUCUUCGAUGAGACAGAUCACCAUUUUGAGGAUUCAUGA